UUUUUUUUUCAUAAUAUGACUUCAAGUUUCGUGCUGCAAGAGGAAAUACGACUAUUACAAAACGAUACAUCCAAUUACCAUAUUGAAAACGAAAUCGACAUUGAAGGUCAAUCAGAACAUGACUUGGCUCGAAGUUUGAACUAUGUCACUGAACAUAUUGAAGUUUCAAGUAAUACCAUAACUGAUCCUUCAGUCUUUGAUAAAGUUCGUAGUUUUCUAAAAUAUUUCGAAGCUCUUACCCCUCGUAUUGCCGCACGACUUCAUGAUAUCCUAUUGUCAGCAUUCCGCACUGAAGUCAAAACUACUUCUGAUGACUUGGCAAAUAACGAAACUAGUACAUUUGGUGAACAUCGAACUUGUCUUGAACAUUAUAUCUUUUUGAUCUACUGGUAUUUGGAACUAUCUGAGGAAGCUGCAAAGGCUGCUGCUUCUGCUGCUUCAACGAAAUCAAAGAGAGGAAAAGGACGUGUUUAUGAUGAUCGACCAGCAAACUGGACAGUACAACAAAAGAAAACCUAUGAUCUCUUGGCGUGGCUCCUAGAACUUAAAUUGACAAAAAUAUGGACUCUUCCACCUGAUCGGACAGCAUUGAUCAAUUUAUUCACGAAAUCAUGUUAUCACUUCUUUGAAAAUGCCUCCAAUCUCAAAGUGAUCGAUUUGAAAUUAGCAAUCUUCAGAAUAUUAAGUUUAUGUGUCAAGAAUUAUGAUCAUUUACUAGCUGCACAAGCUACUGUGAUACAAAAUCUACAAUACUGGGAACAUUGUGCUGAACCAAUGGCGGAAUGGUUACAUUAUUUGAUUGACAAGUACGAUUAUGGACAGUUAACAGAUGAAUUACUACGUGAAAUUGGGAAUCAAGAAUUCAAGGAUACAGCCGUCAAAGAUGUGAAGGAUACAGCAAAUCCAAAGACAUUCUCAACCUUUCUCCUCAAACUAACUGAUCUGGCUCCAAGGUCUGUGCUGAAAAAUUUAGGUGUUUUGAUACAACAAUUGGAUAGUGAAUCUUAUGCCAUAAGGUUGACUCUUAUCGAAAUUGCCGGUAAACUAAUCGUGGAAUUGACUCAAAACUCGGAAGAGUCACAAUCGCAAAAGGAUCAAAUCAAUGGAUUCUUUGAUAUAUUGGAGGAACGCAUGUUGGAUCCCAUCUCAUUUUGCCGUGUGAAAGUGCUUCAAACCUAUAUUAAAAUAUUAGAUCUUCGUGUCAAGUUUCCAAAAAGGCGUCAAACAUUAUGUAGUCUGGCUAUUCGGCACUUGGAAGAUAAAAGUAGUAGCGUUCGGAAAUAUGCUGUCCGUGUAUUAACCAAGUUGAUAUCUACCCAUCCUUAUGAUAUGUACGGUGGAGAACUGACUUUGGAAAACUGGCAAGAUCGAUUAAGCAAACUUGAAGCUGAAUUGGAGGCUUCGACUACGGAAAGUGAUGUACUUGGAUUUGUUGCUAUUGAUGCACUUCAACCUACAAAUAGAGACGAACAACCAGAAGAACCUAGCGCAAGCGCAGCAGCGACGCCUUUGGGCAAUGAAACACAAGAGGUGGAAAUGAAUGACAGUGAAAAGGAAAACGCGGCAAUUACAGACAGCACUAGCACAAAUGAUAAUGAUAAUAAUAAUAAUAGCGAUGAAGAUAUAGUAGACGAUACAUUAUCAGGGCCCACCAAUGAUAACGUCAAUGACAAUGACGAUGUACCAACAACAAAAAUAAAUGCAACUCCAUGUCCUAAAACCGUCAUCAGCGAAGAAAAGAUGCAACAACUCACUCUUAUGAAAACGUUCCUUAUUGAUGCCGUUAAAUUUAUUGAACAAAUCCACAAAAGUAUUCCCAUUGUUGGCCAAUUAUUGUCUUCAAAAUCAAAAUUAGAAGUGGUGGAAUCUAUGGACUUUUUUAUGACUGCCUAUUUAUACAAAGUGAAAUUGGCUAAAGCUGGAUUGAAAAAGAUGCUACAUUUGAUUUGGAUCAAGGAUACUAGUGAUGAAGGAAAAGGGAUUAAGAUGAAACUGUUAGACUGUUAUAGAACGCUUUAUAUUGAACCGGAUACCAAGUUAUCGAAACGACAAAAUAUCAAUAAUAUAGCCAAGUAUCUUAUCGAAUUAACAUACCACACAACAUUGGCUGAAUUGACCUCAUUGGAACAAGUAUUGAGUACAUUGAUGGCAGAAGGUGAUAUCUCGAAUGCUGUGGUAGAAAAAUUAUGGGAAGUCUAUGGAUUUUCAAAAGGACAAAUUUCAAAACAACAACGACGAGGAGCUAUCAUCAUUCUUGGCAUGCUGGCAAAGGCAAAUACUGAAGUGGCAUCUGAAAAAAUAGAUCUUAUGCUUCAUAUUGGUUUGGGAUCUGUAGGAAGAACUGAUUUGGUAAUUGCAAAAUAUACUUGUAUCGCCUUGCAAAGAUUAGCAGGAACCAAAUCAGACAAAGCACGUGGUGUUUAUGAAGGGAAACGAUUUCCAAUGUCCCACCCUGUUUUCGCCAAAUUGAAGGAGGUUGUACAAAGUCAAAGCACAUCCAUGGAAUGGUUCGGUAUGACAGAACAAGCUCUCAAUGCAAUUUAUUUGUUGGGUGAACAUCCUGAUCUCCUUUGUGGUGAAAUCAUCAAGUCCAAAACGAGAGAAAUCUUUUCUGAUGAUCAAGAUGAUGGCAAGAAACCUGAAUCAAAUGAUAUGACAAAUGAUUCCAAUGAUGGGAAUGACGAUGCAAUGGAUGUGGACAAUGACAUCUCAAAGGAACAGGAAGAACAACAAACAACGCCAUUACAAUCUCAGUCAUUACGCCAAUCUGUUAACAGAAAUCCAUAUGAACUUAGUCAACUUUUUUUCAUUGUCGGUCAUGUUGCUCUCAAACAAACUGUACAUCUUGAAGUUGUGGAAGCUGUAUGGAAACGAAAGAAGUUGACCAAAGAAGAAGGAAAAGAAAAGUCAUCGGAAGCUAUGGAAGAUGAAUUAGAGCAAGUGGGUGGUACAGCUGAAGACGACAUUGGUGAUGCCAUUAUUAGAAUUCGUGAAAGGGAAAUCUUAUUUAGUGGGAAAUCAUUAUUGGCUCGGUUUGGUCCUUUAUUGAUAGAAGUGUGUGCAAGAAAUAAAGUGUAUACGGAUCGUACUUUGCAAACCAUGGCAACGUUGGCUCUUGGCAAAUUCAUGUGUGUUAGCUCAGAUUUUUGUGAACGACAUUUACAACUUUUACUUACAAUUCUCGAAAAAUCCAAAGAUCCUACUAUUCGAAGCAACAUUGUGAUAGCACUAGGUGACAUGGCGGUCUGUUUUAACACAUUGAUUGAUGAUAAUAUCACUUUUCUGUACAAUCGACUGGCAGAUGAAGAUAAAAUGGUGAAGAAGAAUGCAGUAAUGGUCCUAACUCAUCUGAUUCUCAAUGGAAUGGUCAAGGUGAAAGGUCAAAUCAGUGAAAUGGCGAAAUGUUUGGAAGACUCUGAUCAACGUAUUGCUGACCUAGCAAAACUCUUUUUUACUGAAUUGGCCAAUAAAGACAAUGCUAUUUACAACAAUUUGCCGGAUAUCAUCAGUAACCUUACAGCUAAAAACUCAAGUCAAGUGGACGAGGAAUCCUUCCAUCGCAUCAUGAAAUUCAUUUUUUCUUUUGAAUUUGUGGAAAAGGGAAAACAUGCGGAAAAUGUGGUGGACAAACUGUGUCAGCGAUUUCAAAAUGCAGAAGAAGGUCGGGGUUGGCGAGAUAUUGCCUUUUGUUUAUCAUUACUCCCGUACAAGACGGAAAAAAGCUAUCGAAAACUAUUGGAUGGUCUCCCUUAUUAUCAAGACAAAUUACAUGAUGAUGCAGUGCAUAAAUACUUUUUGGAAAUCAUUGCAAAAGGCCGGAGUGCUCAAAAACUACAAAAAGCUGAACUCAAGACAAUAGUGGAUGAAUUAGAAGCAAAAGUGGAAUCCAUUAGCGGUAUCUCGAAGGAAGAUAAACAAAAAGCUGCCAAACCAAAGAAGAAAGUUGUUUUACGUGCCAUCCGAAAAGAUCAAAGAUCGUCUUCUUCUUCGGUUCCACCAUCAUCAGUCACGUCAACAGACGAAUUAUCAACCAUUAUUUAGCAUAUAUUCUAUUUAUUAUUAUUAUUAUACAUUCAUACCUUAUAUCAAUCCCCAUAAAUGAACCAAAUAAAAAACUUUUACUCUCUUGUCAACAUCAUAUCAACAAUUUUUCGACUUCAUCGGUUAAAUUUGUUUUUAUG